UCAUAUCUUAACAAAUCACAUUUGAUAUGGCUUUCUGCAACAUUGCAUCCACUCCUACUGGAUUUGUGGUGAAACCAAACAUCAUCACCACCCAAACAAACACACACAAGUCCACCAUGGUUAAGGUUAUGUUCUUUUCCAACAACACCAGGAACUCUCGAAUGGUUGUGAAUGCUGCAGAAGAACCAGCUUCUGGUGCUAUAUCUGCUGAGGAAGAUAAGACUACACCACUUCCCAUUGGACCCAAGAGAGGAACCAAGGUUAGAAUUCUUAGGAAGGAGUCAUAUUGGUGCAACAGUGUUGGAUCAGUUGUGACCGUUGAUCAGGACCCAAACUCUCGUUAUCCAGUUGUUGUGCGGUUUAACAAACUCAACUAUGCAAAUGUGUCAACAAACAACUAUGCGUUAGAUGAAAUCGAAGAAGUUUAACAUUUAUGUGUAAUCAUACACUCAAUCCUGACGACUUGUAUUCAGUCGAGCAAGUGUUUAACGGAUGCUUUUAUGUUCUAUAACCAAUAUUUAAUCUAA